AUGAGGACACCAAUUGUUGAAUAUUUGCAGAAUGAAGUAGUAAUUAUGGAUGGAGGACAGGGUACUGAGCUUGAAAGACGCGGCAUUAACGUUUCACAUCCUUUAUGGUCAAGCCUACCCUUCAUUACAAAAGAUGCUAAGCAACUAGAGCACAUCAAAGAAAUGUACAAAGACUUUAUCGAUGCAGGUUCGAAUGCAUUGAUGACAAUCACCUAUCAAGCAUCCUAUGAUUCCCUUUGUAAGUUCAGCAAUGGGUCUGUUACUACAAGGGAACAAUACGAUCUGUUUUUGGAAGAUAUUAUCAGAUUCACCGUGCAGGAAUGUAUCACACCAGAUCAAUAUUUACUUGGGAGCAUUGGUCCGUAUGCUGCUUUUCUGUGCAAUGGAGCGGAAUAUUCUGGAGACUACGGUUCGAAUGAAAUUGACUUCAUAAGGUAUUUUGAGCCUCAAGUCCAAAAUUUCUCCCAGAAUCCCCUUAUCGAUAUGAUAGCCAUCGAGACAAUUCCCAAUAUCAAAGAACUUAAGUGUUUGCUAAGCAGUAAAUUUGGCGAGAUGGUUGGGUCAAAACCUUUUUAUGUGAGUAUUAGCACGACCGAAGAAGGUAAUUUACGCGAUGGUACUACAUGGGAAGAUCUUUGCGAAGAGAUCCACAAUCUUUCCGAUCAAGUCUCAUCCAAUCUCUUGUUCUUAGGAAUUAAUUGCGUCAACUAUCACCACUGUUAUGCGACAAUCGAGCGUUUAAAUAAAAGGCUGGACACCUUAGGAUGUGAUAGUCAUCUAAGAUUCAAAGUUGUCUACCCGAACUCAGGUGAAAUUUAUGAUGGAGAGACACAUUCUUGGAGCCCCAAUCCUCAUAUUGCUCCGAAUGAGACGUGGGGUUUUCUGGUUUCAAAACUUUUAGAACAAGAUUGCAAAGUUAUCGGAGGUUGCUGUAGAACUACACCUAAAGAUAUCAGAGAGAUCAAGAAGGCCCUUGAGUUCUCAAAAAAUCACCGUAGGAAUACCUAG